CAAUUUUUGAAGAGUUUAUGUAUCCUAUAAAUUAUAGGUCAUUCAAAGAAGCUGCAGUCAAAGGUAGAACUUCUACAAAUCGGUACAAAACUACAAAAUGGAUUAUUUGUCCGUGUCCGAUGCAAGUGGGAAAUGUGGAAAGUGGUUAUUACGUGUUAAGAUUCAUGUAUGACAUCAUCUCUUCCAAGACAAAUAAAGACUCCAUGAGCAAGGUGUUUGGUCCUUAUGAUAAAUACACAAAAGGAGAUCUGGAUGUUAUAAGAGGGAUGUGGUGUAAAGCGUUGUGCAAAUGUAGUUUAUGAUGACAGUAUGAGUCGUAUGACACUUGCAUAAUUUGGUGUUUAGGAUGAUACUUUAAGAGUUUAGUUGCACUUGAACGUUUUGAAUGAUACAUUAGACAUUGGAAUUCACUAUAUUAUUAUUUUUGUACAGUGAUUUUGUCAUGGUUUUGUUCACUCAUAUUUCAAUAUGUUGGUACUGGUGUUUGAUUUCGAUAAAAC